AUGUCAGACAUCGACGACGUGGAGGAUAACAGCUCUCGUGCAGGUCAACAAAAGGAGAGAAGAAAGAUUGAAAUCAAGUUCAUUGAAAAUAAAACAAGGCGCCAUGUGACGUUCUCUAAACGUAAGCAUGGUAUUAUGAAGAAAGCUUUUGAGCUUUCGGUGCUGACAGGUACUCAAGUUCUUUUGCUGGUUGUUUCUGAAACCGGUCUCGUCUAUACUUUCAGUACGCCUAAAUUCGAACCGAUAGUUACGCAGCAAGAGGGUAGAAAUUUAAUUCAGGCAUGUUUAAAUGCACCUGAUGACGACGAAGAUGACGACGAAGAAGAGGAGGAGGCACCUGAGGAUCCAAAUGGCGCAGCAGCAGCUGCUGCUGCUGCUCAAAUGGCAGGUCAACCAACACACGUACCUAAUACAGCAGGAUUAGGUCCACAUCCACAUGAACUUCAUGCCGCUGGUGGGCUAAAACCUGAUCCUAUGAAGGCUGCACAUGCAAUGCAAGGACAUGAAGGUGCACCUACGAUGCCUAUACCAACUCAACAUACAGCUCAUCAGCCCCAUCCAGUUAUGCCUCCCCCACCACAUCAACAAGGUUUUGCCAACACGGCAUCUCCAUAUUUGAAUCCUGAACAAAAUGCAGUUUAUCAACAGUAUUUCCAAGAAUCUCAACAGGGUCAUUACUAA